ACCGAAUUGUUCGCACGUGUACGCUUUUCGAGACUCUCUCUCUCUCUCACUUAGCUUAGCUUCCCUGCCUUUCAGAGACUCUUGCGCUCUCACUUCUCUUCUGCGAUUUUCGCUCUUCCAAUUUCGAUCUCAAAUCUGUAAAAGACUUGCUGAAACUGCCAAUCAAAGGAAGCAUCAAGUUGAGAUUAAGAAAUGGAACUGGACACCCUAAAAGAUGCAUUUGACCGUGUUGUUAAGAGACAGAAAUUGUCCUCCUUUAGAUCCCAAGAAAUAGUUGAUCAAGUUGGGCAUGAAAUUGAGCAGGCUUUGGCAAAAAUCAAGGCCAUUAACGAUCCCUUGUCCCCUGUUCAUCUGAAAUCUAUUCUUUCUGAGUUAAAACUGAAGCUCAAUACUGUUGGUCCACUGAACCUGUUAGAAGGACUGCAGAAGGAGCGUAACAUAAACUUCAGCAAGUACCCUAAACUUCUCGAAAAGUCCUUCAACCCCGACAUAUCCAAGGCGUAUAGAAAUGUUGACUUUGACUUCCACCUAGUGAACCAGAUAGUUGCAAAUCACUUUUAUCAGCAAGGCUUGUUUGACCUUGGAGAUUGCCUCAUAGAUGAAGCUGGAGAACCAGAGGCAAUUGCGAUAAGAUCUCAUUUCUUAGAAAUGUAUCAAGUACUUGAAGCUUUGAAGGUUAAGAACCUCGGGCCUGCUUUGAAUUGGAUCACUCUCAAUCGUGAGAAGCUCAACCAAAAUGGUUCAAUGCUUGAGCUGAAACUUCACAGGCUUCAAUUCGUGGAGAUUGUAAAGAAAGGAACUAAAGCUGAUGCACUUAGUUAUGCUAGAACUCACCUUGCCCCGUUUGCUUCUCUGCACAUGAACGAGUUUCAGAAGCUUGUGGUUUGCAUCAUAUGGGUGGGAAAGCUCGAUAGCUGCCCUCAUGCUGAGUUAAUGGCUCCUACCCAUUGGGAAGAAUUUACUCAGGAGAUCAUCAAACAGUUCUGCAGUCUCGUGGGACAAUCGUAUUGGAGCCCAUUGAGUGUGGCCGUAGCAGCCGGCAUUGAAGGGUUGCCUACACUGCUGAAGCUGGCUAAUGUAAUGGCAGCAAAGAGGCAAGAGUGGCAAGAAAUGAAACAAUUACCAGUCCCUGUGGAGUUAGGAAAGGAACUCCAGUUCCACUCCAUAUUUGUAUGUCCUGUAAGUAGAGAUCAAGGCAGCGAAGAGAAUCCACCAAUGCUAAUGCCAUGCCUGCAUGUCCUUUGCAAUCAAUCAAUCAUGAAGCUGUCAAAAAACACAUCUCGGACAUUUAAAUGUCCUUACUGUCCAACAGAGGCUUCAGCUGCACAGUGCAGGCAACUUCACUUCUGAUGGCCUAAUAACAUUAAAAUGUUAGGCUGCUUUUUUCCUGGUCGUUAAUUGAACUUGCACUUUUCUAGCAUUUUUUUAAAGACUGUAUAUACAUACAGUACAUAUAUUACAAAGAAAUUCUUUGUACAUUCAUGGUUUUAUAUAUAUAUUUGAAGGUUUAAUAAUUUGUAUGAAA